GCGGCGCGGUCGCGGGGUGAUGACGUGAGCGGGAGCGGGACGGGGCCUGUCCGCCAUGGCGAAGACCGUGGCCUAUUUCUAUGACCCGGACGUGGGGAACUUCCACUACGGUGCCGGGCACCCCAUGAAGCCGCACCGCCUGGCCCUGACCCACAGCCUGGUCCUGCACUAUGGGCUCUACAAGAAGAUGAUUGUCUUCAAACCCUACCAGGCCUCCCAGCACGACAUGUGCCGCUUCCACUCCGAGGAUUACAUCGACUUCCUGCAGAGGGUCAGCCCCAACAACAUGCAGGGCUUCACCAAGAGCCUCAAUGCCUUCAACGUGGGGGAUGACUGCCCAGUGUUUCCAGGCCUCUUUGAAUUCUGCUCUCGUUACACUGGAGCCUCCCUGCAGGGAGCAACACAGCUGAACAACAAGAUCUGUGACAUUGCUAUAAACUGGGCAGGGGGCCUGCACCAUGCCAAGAAGUUUGAGGCUUCUGGGUUCUGUUAUGUCAACGACAUCGUGAUUGGCAUCCUGGAGCUGCUCAAGUACCACCCCCGGGUCCUCUACAUCGACAUCGACAUCCACCACGGGGACGGGGUGCAGGAGGCUUUCUACCUGACAGACCGUGUCAUGACUGUGUCAUUCCACAAAUAUGGAAACUACUUCUUCCCUGGCACAGGUGACAUGUAUGAGGUUGGUGCAGAGAGCGGGCGGUACUACUGCCUCAACGUGCCCCUACGGGAUGGCAUUGAUGACCAGAGUUACAAACACCUCUUCCAGCCAGUCAUCAACCAGGUGGUCGAUUACUACCAGCCCACCUGCAUCGUGCUGCAGUGUGGUGCUGAUUCUCUGGGCUGCGACCGUUUGGGUUGUUUCAACCUCAGUAUAAGAGGACAUGGGGAGUGUGUGGAGUACGUCAAGAGCUUCAACAUCCCCUUGCUGGUCCUGGGAGGAGGUGGCUACACCGUGCGCAACGUGGCACGAUGCUGGACUUAUGAGACGUCCUUGCUUGUAGAUGAAGCCAUCAGUGAAGAGCUCCCAUACAGUGAGUACUUUGAAUACUUUGCUCCAGACUUCACCCUUCAUCCUGAUGUCAGCACGAGGAUUGAAAAUCAGAACUCCAGGCAGUACUUGGAUCAGAUCAGGCAGACAAUAUUUGAGAACCUGAAGAUGCUGAACCACGCUCCCAGUGUGCAGAUCCACGAUGUCCCCUCAGACCUGCUCAGCUACGACCGCACGGAUGAGCCUGAUCCAGAGGAGAGAGGCUCUGAGGAGAACUACAGCAGGCCUGAAGCUGCCAAUGAGUUUUAUGAUGGUGACCACGACAACGACAAAGAGAGUGAUGUUGAGAUCUGAGGGCUCUGCUCUGCAGCUCUGGACCACGAGGGGGGCCCCACGUUGGACACUGGUGCUUGGUGCAGCUGAUGGGGCCAGGCAGGAGCCAGUUUGCCCCCCUCUUCGUGUUUGAUUGCAGUGGAAGCAGCACCACUGCAGGCAUCUGCUCCUGGAGAGGCAGAGAGCAGGGAAAUGGGUUCCUUAUCCUCCACCCCCUGUCCUGCUUCCAGCUCUCACCCUUCUGAGCAAUGGAAAUCCAAGCAAGUGCUGGAAUUUGGGCCAGCAGCCGUGUGACUGCCAGCAGGGCCUGACCCACCCUGGUUCUGUCACCCCCCUGCAGUCCAGGCAGGCUCCUGCCACCAAGGUGGGAACCCAGUGGCUGUGCCUCUGGUCUCUGCUUCUCCUCAGACAACCCUGGGAGAACCUCACCCUCCCCAGCCCCACUCAGGUACUGACUUGCUCAUCCUCCCAGGGUUGCUUCUUGACAUCCCACCUGAUGCUCCACAGCUCCAGGAAAAUCAUUUGGAGGAGACCAAGGUCAGCUGGGGGACAGGGGUUGGGAGUGUCCCAGGAGGAGGAUGGAAACACAGACUGGGAGCAGAGUCUUGUUCCUUCCCCUUACACCCAAAUGUUUGCAUUCCCAAGGCAGUACUGCAGCACUUGUUGAGUUGGACCCAACUCCUCUCUUCUCUCUGUCCUUCAAGAGAGGUUAAAAAUCACUGUGGGACAGAGGUUUGGCUGCCAAGGUCAGUACACAGCACCUCUUGCACCUCUGUUCUUCCAGCUGGGGUUUUCCAAGGUCACUCCUGGCCCCUCUGUGCUGGAGCAAGAGAUUUGGGCUUGCUGGCUCAGACUGGAAGCCUUUUCCCUGCUCCUGGGUGAGGGAAGCUGCUCCCUGCAGCUCCUGCCCUCUGCCCUCACCCAGCAGAGGUUCUUCUGGGCCUUCCUUCCAAUCCCAAACUUUGCUGCUCCUCCUGAGUCAUCACCUGGUACCUGUUCUGGUUUGGGGAGGUGGGAGGGGUCUGGCCUCUGUCUGGACUGUUCUGGUUGUUUACUGGUGUCUCUAAACAUUAAAUGAAGAGGCAGUUAUUUUUCUUACCUGA